AUGGUGACCUCGGCCAUCCAGCUACUACCCGCUCGGCGCUAUACCGUCGCCGAACUGGUCGCGGCCGUCAACCAGACUCUCACAAUUCCCCCGCUCACUUCCACGCAGCUCCUGCAAGUGCUCUAUCGCUGCAUUGAUAUCAAGGGCAGCAUCACCGGCAACUCAUUCUGUAUCUCUGAGUGUUUGGCUUCGUCGAAUAUGACCAUGGACGACCAGUGCAGCAUAACCCCGCCGACGAAUGGGACAGUCACCGUCACUGUCACUACAACCGUCACGAAUCCGGUCUCGCCAUUCUGUUUCACUCAGUGUCAGACGUUCUGCUUCGGCAAUCAUGAUUGUGACUUGAGAUUGGCUCCCAUAGCUGCUCCUGCUACGGUGACUCUACAGUAG